AUGAGUGCAGCUGCUGCCAAAGAGGAGACUGACAUUGUGGACUAUAAUCUCGGAGAUGCCGAGAAGUCCUUGGAAAACCAAACGCCCUUCGAUUCUCAACUAGAAGGGCUGGACUCACGCACUCUUUCUGAGCGCGGAAGUGCGAUAUACAGCCUAUUCGACCCCAAUUAUGACAGUGCAUCGGUCACACUUGGUUCGCGCCUUGGUUCCGGCCGAAGUCGCCAACUGACGUUUUCUUCAACAGCAGAUGACUCUCCAUAUCCUGAAGUACGGUCGGCGGUGGCUAACUUUGACGACCCGACAAUGCCGGCUUCUACCUUUCGUGCUUGGGUACUCGGUAUCUGUUGGGCAAUUGUUCUCUCGGGCAUGAAUCAAUUUUUCCAUCUUCGCUUCCCGUCCGUGGCCAUUGGAGGGCUCGUAGCCCAACUUUUGGUUUUUCCUCUAGGCCGGCUAUGGGUCCGCGUCUGCCCACAGGCCAAGAUUUUCGGCAUAGAAUUGAAUCCUGGACCCUUCACGAUCAAAGAACAUGUAAGUUGCCUCCACUUCUCUACGACUGCGAACGGAUUGAUUUGGGAUUCCCAGGUACUUGUAACUAUUAUGGCAAGCGUCAGCGCAAACUCAGCUUACGCAACAGAUAUCAUCGCCGUUCAGCGAGUUUACUAUGGGCAAUCGUGGAAUUUUUCAUAUAAAUGGCUUCUUGUUAUGUCGUCACAGUUGAUCGGGUUCUCUAUCGGAGGCAUUGCGCGCCGCUUUCUCGUCGCACCGCCAUCAAUGAUCUGGCCGAAUACCCUCGUCUCAUGUGCGCUCUUCAACACAUUGCAUUCGCAGACAUACGUCGGGAUCGGCCAGCACGACGGGAUCAGCAGAGAGCGAUACUUUAUCUACGCCUUUGGCGCUGCUGUACUGUGGUAUUUCAUUCCCGGAUAUUUCUUCCAGGCGUUGAGUGUCUUCAGCUGGGUAAAAACCUCUCCCAGCACCCUGCUCUACGAAGUACCUCAUGAUUUUCACUUGCAGGUAUGCUGGGCAGCCCCAGAUAACAUCAAAAUCAACCAAAUUUUUGGAUACCACAGUGGACUGGGUUUCUCUGUCCUCACUUUCGAUUGGAAUCAAAUCGCAUUCAUUGGCAGUCCGUGCGUCCUAAUCUUCAUGGGCUUGGCUACCUUGACCAAGCCUUUCCGUUAUGAUUCAUAUCCAGGGUGGGCCGAAGCUAACGUUAUGAUUGGGUUCUUCUUCUUCUAUUGGUUUUUGACACCAGUGCUAUAUUACUUGAAUGUGUGGCAUAGCCAGUACAUGCCAAUAUCAUCGCUGAACACAUAUGAUAACACGGGUCACAACUACAAUGUUUCGAGAAUUCUCAAUCCCGAUGUUGCUACGCUGAACAAGGAGGCUUACCAUGAAUACAGCCCGCUAUAUCUAUCCACCACCUUCGUCGUGGCAUACGGCCUUACUUUCUCGUCGAUUACAUCAACUAUCACACAUGCUAUCAUCUAUUUCUGGAAGCCUAUUCGGCUGCAAUUCCGCAGGCCAAUGCGCGAACAACCAGAUGUUCAUGCUCAACUCAUGUCAGAAUACCCGCAAGUGCCUGACUGGUAUUAUGCUUGUAUUUUCGUUAUCACUUUUGUUUUCGCGUGCAUCUGUAUCAAGGUCUGGCCAACACAAAUGCCAAUAUGGGCGCUGUUAAUCGCCCUUCUCAUCGCUACUUUUUACGUGAUACCCAUCGGGAUGAUUCAGGCGAUCACGAAUCGCCAAGUUGGACUGAAUGUCAUCACAGAGCUCAUCGCCGGCUUCAUGAUGCCUGGGAACCCGACUGCAAAUAUGAUAUUCAAGACUUACGGUUAUAUCACGAUGGCACAAGCACUGCAAUUCACGGCUGACUUCAAACUUGGGCAUUAUAUGAAGGUACCCCCACGACCAAUGUUCUGGUGUCAAAUUGUAGCGACCAUCAUAGCUGGUACCGUUCAGCUUGGCGUCCAGUCUUGGAUGUUCACAAAUAUACAGGACUUGUGCGAUCCAGACCAGAAGGAUGGUUUCACCUGCGCGUCGACACGCGUCUUCGGGGCCGCCUCUAUCAUCUGGGGAGUAAUCGGCCCUGCAAUACAGUUUGGCAGGCAUCAAAUCUAUCACUGUAAGCUUCUUGAUGAUCUACUGUCACAAUCAUUCACAGCGGUGGCACUAGCUGUGACGUUCUUCUUCCUCAUCGGCGCCGCGUGCCCGCUCGUUUUAUGGUUGGUCUCCCGGAGAUAUCCAAACACAAUUUUAAACUAUCUUAAUUUCCCCCUCAUCUUUUCAGGCGUAGGUCAGAUACCCCCAGCCACUGCUGUCAACUACGUGCCCUGGGCUGUCGUAGGGUUCUCUUUUCAAUAUGUUAUUCGGCGAAAAUACUUUUCGUACUGGGCAAAAUAUAAUUACGUACUAUCGGCUGCGCUUGACGCUGGGACAGCCGUUGGUCUUAUCCUUGUGUUUUUUUGCUUGCAAUAUCCUCUCAAUGGCACAAUCGGACGAAGUACUAUACAACAGUGGUGGGGAAACCAGGUUUAUAAGCAAACCCUAGACUGGACAAGUGCACCACUUCGUACCCUCCCACCUGGGGAAACAUUCGGGUAA